CAGAUCUCUUAGGUUCUUCCUAUGACCAUCUCCACGCCCACGAGGCAAACACUGAAGCAAUCAGUUUGCCGAGACCGUCAGACGCACAAAAACGAUGCUCGUCUUGGUAUCAGCUGUGACAUCUUUGGAAGUGACGCUCUCUGCGCUGCUCACUGCAUCCUGAUUGGACACAGAGGAGGGUGGUGCGAUUCACACAAAGUUUGUCACUGUCGUGAUUAAAUAACACAGAAAAUAGUUAUUCAACGAUAUGCUUAAUAAAUUAUGAAAUAAGUUGUACGUCUCUAUUUACCAUCGUGCGAGUUGGUGGAAGUGUUCCGAGUAAUGGGGUAUUUUCCAAAAAAAAAUUUUUGAUUCCAAAUUGUUGUUUUACAUCUAAAAACUAUAUAUUGAGUAAUUUUACAUUUUUCUUUGAACAAGAAGUAAUAAAAACUCGGCUUCAAAGUUUAAAAAUAAAAUUUGCCGCCAACUGUGUGACGUAAUAAUAUCUCGCGU